GCUCGGCGGAAAGCAUUGUGGGUAGGGCAGCGCCGGUGGCUGCGAGGACGGUUGCUCUCAUGUCGCAGGAAGGAGAGGAGGCUGCCGCUGUGCAGUGCCCUGUCCGGGCCGCCCUCGACCAUUUGUGUCAGGAACUCAAUCUGGACGUUGACAGCGCUUCGGAAGCCCUUCGGGAUUUCACAGCCUUGAGGGGCACCUACAGCCUUGAGGGAGACAUUAUACAUUGGCUGGCUUGUGCUCUGUAUGUUGCGUGCCGUAGAAGUGUAGUGCCUACUGUAGGAAGUAGUUUGAUGAAAGGAAAUUGUGUCUCAUUGACCAGAAUUCUGCGUUCAGCGAAGUUAAGCUUAAUUCAGUUUUUUAGUAAAAUGAAAAAAUGGAUGGACAUGUCAAACCUGUGUCAAGAAUUUCGAGAGAGAGUAGAGAAAUUGGAGAGAAAUUUUGAAGUGUCCACAGUAAUAUUCAAAAAAUAUACCCCAAUCUUUUUAGAUAUAUUUAAAAAUCCUUAUGAAGAACAACCCAAAUUUCAAAGAAGCAGGAAACAAAGACGGGUACCCUGUAGUGCUAAAGAUCUAUUCAACUUCGGCUGGACUCUUUUUGUCUACACAAAGGGUAAUUUCAGUAUGAUUGGAGAUGAUCUAGUGAACUCAUAUCAUUUACUUUUAUGCUGCUUGGAUAUGAUUUUUGCAAAUGCACUUUUGUGUCCAUAUAAAAAAGAUUUAAUAAAUCCAUCGUUCAAAGGUUUGCCAGAAGACUUUCAUACAACUGACUCCAGAACUUCUGAAAGGCCACCAUGCAUUAUUUCUACACUGUGUGAAUUACAUGAUGGACUUUUGGUAGAUGCCAAAGGCAUAAAAGAACAUUAUUUUAAGCCAUACAUUUCAAAGCUCUAUGAUAGGAAGAUUUUAAAAGGAGAUUGUCUUUUGGAUCCAAGCAACUUUGUAAAUAACAACAAAGCCCUGAAUAAAGAGUAUGAAGAAUAUGUUCUCACAAAAGGUGAUUUUGAUGAAAGGGUUUUCUUGGGAGCAGAUGCAGAAGAAGAAAUUGGAACACCUCAAAAAUGUUGUGCAGCUACACCAUGCGGGAAUAUAAGAGCUCAUGUUGAAUGUCAUCUUCAACAACAUUUUGAGAAAAGAUCCUUUGCACCAUCAACCCCUUUAACUGGCAGGAGUUACUUGAAAGAGAAGGAAUCAGUAAUUACACCAGUUGCUUCUGCAACACAGAGUGUGAGUCGGUUACAAAGUAUUGUAGCAGGGUUGAAAAAUGCACCAAGUGAACAGCUUGUAGCUAUUUUUGAAUCAUGUAUACGGAAUCCUAUGGAGAAUAUCCUGAAAGGAGUGAAAAGGAUAGGUGAUAUUUUCCGUCAGAAUUAUACUCUGUCGGUCAAUGAUCAACUGGUGUGCCAUUUAGAUUUUGCACUUCACCGAUUAAAAUUGGCAGAAAUUUUGUAUUAUAAAAGUUUGGAAACUAUAAUGAUACAAGAAAAGCGAAGGCUGCCUGGUAAAGACAUGUCUACCAUUUUAGAACAAGAUAUUUUCCAUUGCUCUUUGCUUGCAUGUUGCUUUGAAAUAGUGCUGUUUGCAUAUCGUUCACCAAGAACUUUUCCCUGGAUCAUUGAUACUCUUAAUGUCAAGCCAUUCUAUUUCUACAAGGUGAUUGAAGUAUUGAUACGUUCGGAAGAAGGACUCUCAAGAGAUAUGGUAAAACACCUCAACAGCAUUGAGGAACAGAUACUUGAAAAUCUAGCCUGGAGAGAAAACUCUGUACUUUGGGAUGCCCUUCAAGCCUCAGAAGAUGAGGUUCCUCGCUGUGAAGAAGUAAUAUUUCCAAAUAAUUUUGAAACAGGAAAUGGAGGGAAAGGAUUAGGAUAUCUUCCCAUGAUGCCAGCAUCUCCUAUCAUACACCCCAGAGUAAAAGAGGUUCGGACAAAUCAUGAGGGCAGUCAUAGACGAGAUUUGCAGCUAUUGUCUCCAAUCUCCAUUCAUGACCGUUACAAUUCUCCUAUGGCAGGGAGUGCUAAAAGAAGGCUUUUUGGAGAUGAAAGCCCUCCCACAAAAUCUGUAGAAAAAAAAUAUGCUGAAGCAAUGAAGCUGACAACAGACAAGCAUAUGUCUGUUUCACCUGAUGAAAUUGCUCUAACUAUGGCACAAACUGCAGUAACAAGACAAAAAGUAACAAUCCCAUUACAGGGUAAUACAAAUGAGACAGGAAGGAUCACAUUGAUACCUAUUGCAGUCAAUCUAUCUGAAGACUCUAAAGUGGACAGCUAUGGACAAGUCCCACUCAGUGCUGAUGCUUUAAUGACUGUUUGUUCAAGUCAGCCUCCUCCAAAUGAACCCUUUCAUUCAGCAGGAAACAAGCCAAAGAAAACUGGAUCUCUAGCACUUUUUUUCAGAAAGGUCUACAAUUUGGCAAGUGUUCGAUUACGUGAUCUAUGCUCAAAGCUGGAUGUUUCCAAUGAUUUACGAGGGAAGAUAUGGACUUGUUUUGAAUUCACUUUAGUCCAUUGUACAGAUCUAAUGAAAGAUAGACACUUGGAUCAGCUUCUUCUCUGUGCUUUUUAUAUCAUGGCAAAGGUGUCUAAGGAAGAAAGAACUUUUCAGGACAUAAUGAAAAGUUAUAGAAAUCAGCCACAAGCUAACAGUUAUGUAUAUAGAAGUGUCUUACUGAAAAAAGUACAAGCUGAUGUAAUAGAUGUAAAACAUGAAAGCAUGUCAAAUGAAGGUGUCUGCGGGAAGAUGAACAAUUAUAGAGAUUUGGAAAAAGAAGAGAGAGGCGAUCUUAUAAUGUUUUACAACACUAUUUAUGUAAAAAAAGUGAUAAAUUUUGUAUUGAAAUAUGUUUCCAACCAUGAUUAUAUGGUGGAAGCACCUCCGCUUUCCCCCUUCCCCAGCAUUAAACAACUACCAGUAUCUCCUCGGCGAAUUUCUCAGCAACAUUCUCUUUAUGUUUCACCACACAAGAAUGGUUCUUGCCUAACACCUAAGAGUGCACUAUUAUAUAAAUUUAACGGGAGCCCCUCUAAGAGUUUGAAGGAAAUUAACAAUAUGAUUAAACAAGAAGGACAGAGGCCAAAGAAGAGAGCAAUAUCAAUUGAUAGUGACACAGAAUCACCAGCUAAGAGACUUUGUCAGGAGAAUGAUGAUGUUUUACUUAAACGUCUUCAAGAUGUUGUCAGUGAAAGAGCAAACCAUUAAAUCAGCAAAGAUGCUGUGAGCACCAAAGCUUUCUUGUGACUCAAUUAUCUGUCCUUCCUAAAGUUUUUAUGUUUUGUAGGUAGACGGUUAUCAAUCAUUGUAUUAGAAUUUUAAGAUGCUCCAUUAUCAAAAGAAAAUUUAUGGCAGUUAUGAAUUUUGAUUUUUAUACUCUGAAUUUAUAUCAUUAUUUUGAAGGUUUUAUCAGCUAUAUUAAAUAAUACAUUUUAAGGUUAUUAAAAGGUUAUUGGAAUAAUAUGUGAAAGUAGGAGCUUGUGAGAAAAUCUUGAUUUAAGAUGGCUUUCUCAACAUUUACAAUGUCUAUUAUUUACUGUCAUAGUAAUUUGGGUUUAUCGUUGACUUGAAAACAUUUUUGGUAUUGUUUAAAAGAAUAUUAGGAUCUGUGCAUUAUUUUAAUAUAAGAUAAGAUAAGAUACAGUUAAUCAUUGAUACAGUAAGAUAAGGUGUUGUCGUUUAGAACGGAGAUAUUUCCCGUUUGAAAGGUUGGAAAAAUGCUUUGAAUAAGCUAUUCUGUAAAGCAGGGGUCCCCACCCCUGGGCCGUGGCCUGUUCGGAACUGGGCCGUGCAAGCAGCGGGGAGCAUGUGAGCACAUGCAGCUCCAUUUGUGCGAGUGACAGGUUUAUGUGCCACCGCUUGUGCAAAUGGAGCUGCACACACACACACUGCUUGUGUGAAAGCAUCCCCUCUCCCCUCCUGUUAUUGCCGGCGGUCUGCAGAGCCAGAAAGAUUGGGGACCGCUGCUGUAAAGCACUGAACUCUUAGCUCAAUCUGAAAAGCUUAUUUUCCUUUGUGUAGUAUCUACACAAAAUAUAAGCCUUAUCAAAUUAAGUGUAUACAUAAAAUAAGUAUGAAAUAUUAUAAGGUUUUAACUGUAGUAUUCUAUUUGGCUACUUUUUAAAAAAAAUGCUGAUUUUUUUUAUAGAGGGAAAUUCAUUAGAAAUAUUUUAUGAAAAUAUAGAAAGAGAAGUUCCAUCAUAGAGGAUCAUUCUAACUAUUUAAGAACCAUAAAAUAUUUUGUAUUUCUGAUUCAUAUAUAGAAAGGUUUAACUUUUGUUAAGAUUGCUUUUAUAACAGUUUAAUCAAUUCUAAAAAGGAUUUUUAUAUUUAGUUAGUAUUCCAUAGUAUAAUGGAUUGAGAGCUAUCAUUUAAUAAACCACCAUAGAGCCAAAUAAUAUGCUGAAAAAUGUUUUACAAUAGACUUAAAUAUAUUUAUAAAAGGUGUUUUUUUUUUCUUUGGGGAGAAAACUGUUUUACCUUUUGAAAUAUUGGCUUGUUAUCACAGAGUGUGACAUAAAAUUAUAGUCAGAGUAUAGUUUCAAUUAUAUGCAAUUGGUUUUUACCUUUCUUUUCUAGUCAAUCCGUCUUAAUGUUUACUUUUCUCUCAAUGAUAUAAAUACAUUCAAGGCAGGGAAGGGGACUACCUUAGGAUCUUCAGAGAAAAAAGUGUCCUCCCAGGCCUUCAGUUUUUUAAAAAAACAAACAAACAAGAAAGCUGAACAAUGAUUGCUGCUGAGAUUUGAUGCAUGCAAUAGACCAAACAUAGCAGCUGCCUCCACUAACUCUUGAGACUCCUAAGUGGCAGCACAGAGAUAACAGAAAUCCCUAACUUAUGAGUACCAUUUAGUGGCUGUCUGAUUUUUAUAGUUUCUGCUCCUAAUAAGAGUAGUCCAGUCUACCACUGAUACAAAACUCCAGACAUCAGAAUAGGUCUACCCCAGGGGUGAAAUCUACUUAUCUUCCUUACAGGUUUGGAAGUGCGUGUGUGUGCGUCAUUUGCAAUUUUGGAUCCUCUGCGCAUGUGCACACCUGCGCAUGCGCAGAGGGUCAAAAACAGGUUACUUCCUGGUUAAAAACAGGAAGUAAUGACAUCCAAGUGGGUGGGCGGAGCUUUGUGCUGCCACUGCUACCAGUUCACCGAAUCACAUGCUGCCACUGCUACUGGUUUAUCUGCACCGGUGCGAACUGGUAGCAUUUCACCCCUGGUCUACUCAUUUCAAAUGUAGCAGUGUUGAUGACUAAUGUUUGGAUGGAGGCCCCAACCUCCCAAAGGUUUGCCUUACUACCCAUGAACUUGCCUUACUACCCAUGAUCCUUGUUUUCUUUAUUUAUCUUUCCAAUAGACAUAUUCUCAGGUCUGACAUUAAAAGUUUGAUGCUGAAAUUUGGCUUAAUUAUGCAUUGAUAAUUUAUAUUGAGGUUUAUAUUAAUUAUAAUUUUUGUAUUCAUUACAAGUUGACUAUGAUAUAUGACUGAUGUUCCAGAUUAAAAAGUGGUUUUAUUUUCUAGAACUUAACUCUUUGGAUCUAUCCUUGUAAAUAGAACUUCUUAAUUAAAAAAAACUUCAUUCUGAUCUGAUUUGAACUGUUUUGUUAUUUUGAACCAUAUGGAAAUUAUGUACUUGAAUUACAGUGCCUCAAUGAAUGUUUACUAAAAAUGAGGAAAAUAGCGCUCAAGGCAAGUAUUUAUGAUAGUCCCUAACCUCUGUAACAGUACUGAUCUCUUUUAUCAAAAAUCCAAGUUACACUAGAAAUGAAUGCUCAUCCAGACCAUUUCAACUACCAAGGAAAUCACUAAAAGAGGAAAUAACUGGGGGAGUGUGGAUAAUGACCCUUUCUUUCCUGUACGUUGUUGUAUUUUAUUUUAUUUUUUAACUUUUGGGCAUUAUUUGGAUUCCUCCCCCAAUCCCCCCUCACCUGGCUAUGUUUGCUAUAAAUAAGCCUUACAGUUUCUUAUGAUUUUGAAUACAAAUAUAAAUCCUAAAAUAGGCUUACCACAAACAAGGUCUGCCUCUGUCUUCUCUCACAUGUAGCCAUAUGCCCACAUCUUUGUCCCAUGUGCUUGAUACAGCAUCACCUGAUAUGACGGAAUGUAGUCUGGAUUGUCAGUUGGGAAUCCAAGCUGCAUUCCCUUGCACCUAUUUAUGCAUCGUUACACCGACUUCCAAAUGGGGUUCACAGCACACCCUUUCUGUCAGGGCAACCAUCCCAGAAGAGGGAUGCUGUAGACCCCAUUGGCCAAGGAAUUUCAGCUGAUGGGGGUCCAGGAGAAGAGCCUUUUCUGCUGCAGCACCCCCCCUCCCCCCAGGAACAUCAUAUCCCUCAUGUGAAUCAGACACACACUCACACACACAUCCGUAAGGGCCUCAAAACCUUAUUCUGCUGAUUGUCCUGGGACCCAAAUGGGGGUGUCCCUUUCUAGAGUUGAUUACUGGAUUAGAAUAUCCCACCUCCACUCUACUCCUUGCUAUUUUAGCUAUUUCUUUAUUUUUUAAUGUAUUUAUUGUCUUACUGUUUUAACCUUUUUAUAAUAUUGUUUUAUCAUUUUGUAAGUCACUCAAAAGUCGUGUGACAGUGAGAUGGCUGGUAAAUAAUGUAAUAAAUUGUACAGAAAGGUAUUGCUUGCAGUCAACCUCUAUAGCUAUGCUUCUAUGGAUAGAGGUGUACAUUUCCACUUCUUUGGUUCAUGUUUAUCAGAUAAUCUUAAAACUUAUUAAACAUCUGUGUGUAGAUUGUCACUAGAUACUAUUAUAUUCUAUGUAGUAUUAUAAUGCUUUAGUUGCCCUUUAAUACUCGAAAGCCAGAACAUAGUCCUUUGUUUUCUUUGUAGACCUUCAAUAUUUGAAUAAAAUCUCUAUUUCAGUUAACUAAAA